GCGACGAGUUUCGCAUCUGACAGUCUUUGCACUCAUCGAGUUAUUCGUUUUGAGAAGACUACCAAGUAAGGCUCAUGGAAACUUUCAAUCUUGGCCCACAGGCCACCAGCGUCCAGGUAAUAGCAAGUGUUAAUGCUGCUUGCUAUUUUGUUCCUAUGAUGCAGUUUAUCAGUGGAAUAGUUUUUCUUCAGUAUGGCAAAUUCUUCUCUCGACAAGCCGCCCGCAAGUCGCAAUUGUCACUUCGCUUGGGAACUGUUGCAAUAAUACUUCAUUUGGGACAAGUCGUUGUAGAUCUAUGGUGCCUUUUUCACUCUUUUCAGUAUUACACAAGCGGGAGGCCAUAUACGUAUUUUCUCUAUGAGGCUUUGCAAAUCGGCUUUGCAGUAGGAAUAAUAUUCGUUGUACAGUAUCACUUCCUUCGUCUCGCAUACGCCACGGCUGCCUUUUCCAAGAGGUGGACCAUUCCACUUCGCCUGUUUUGCAUCGGAGCCUGCGUAGGAGGUUUGGGAACAUCUAUUGGGUAUAUCAGACAUUUCCUCCACAGCGGUUUCAGCUCCGCAACACCGCUUGUCAUUCGUGGACAAUUGCUGUUUUUUAACGUAGUUUGGUUGGGAUGCAAUGGGUUUAUGGAUGGUGCUAUCACAUUUGCGAUGGUAAAGGCGUUGUAUCAUGGCCGAGCCUCUAUCAAGCAGAAGUCCCUAAGGACCACACUAACUAGAUUAAUGAAUAUUAUCAUCAACACAUUCUCUUUAACUUAUCUCGCGGCCAUGCUUUCUCUCAUAGCAACAAUAUUGCCACACAUGAUACCCAAUUUUUCCUUCAAAGCUGAAAUGAUUUGCCAGACCGCUGGGUUCAUACUGAACGGUUUACUUCCCAGAAUCUAUCUGAUUUCAUUUUUUUGCAGCUUUCAGGAAGCCUCGUUUUUCGCAACGCAGCAAUACGACUCUUGUGUGGCUUCGAUGGGAAAUAUAAGCAGCAGUAGAAGCUUCCAGGCGGAUUCCUUUGGCCCCACAUUCGCUCGACCCUCCGGUGAUAAACGUGCUUCGAGGCGACCACAAACGAGAGCGCGCGUGCAAGUUACCCACCAGGUCCAAGUAGCAGUGGAAGAAAAUAUUGAAGAAAAAGCUAUCUUGAUCUCAUAAUUCUUAAGAUUUUGGAAACGAGAUGAAAAGGAAUUUAUCGUUGUAGCUUCUUUCGGACACGAGUUACGCAAGUCUCACAAUACGGCCGGAAGACGGGGAUGGCAAAAAAAAGAAGUAUUAAUAUUGGCUAUUCAGCAAAAAGGGGCUACACGGAGCAUUCGCAAACAUUUUCACUUUAGUGCUAAGCUGCAAUUGCCUUGAGUGACAACGUCGUUAGAUUUUCU